AUGAGCACACCACCCACGUUUGUGGAACCAAUACUCCUGGCAGUUGAACGCAUCGGCUAUCUAUUUUGUGGGAAGCUCUACAGCAGGGAACUCGCCUACUUUCCUGUUAAUGAACCCCCCGAGCUGUCCUGUGGACCAUUUCCAAGUACAUAUAUCUCUACCACGUGUCUCCACAUCAAAGCAAUACACGCUUGUCUGCUCACUACCGCUUACCUUGCCUGCAAAUUAACAAGCCCCUUUACUCCCAGCGGGACCGGCCCGAACCGGAGACUUCCACUUCGUGCGGCUAGGCGCACAGGGGGAACAACACCGCAGACACAAGCAAUUUCUGCACACAUGAUAACUUUUUUGGAGCUGAUCGAAGCGGACCUUCUGGCGGAUGGGGCUCCUUGUGGGGGCUUCUCUGAGAACACUGUAAAGAGGGGGGGCUGUGACUAUACAUCUUUGGGCAUUAGCUGAAGGGCAUAGGGGCUGCAAAGAUGGAGAGACAGGAAGUAGAGAGAGUAUAUCAGGUUGCUAAAUUAUAAUGGGGGGGUAACCCCUACACUUAAAUUACUAAAAACUGUUUUUUUAGUAAUUGAAGGGCAUAGGGGCAUUCAUGGCAGUUUGGCUGAUAUCUCAUAGUGUAGUUAACACUGUGACCUAACUCCUAGUACUGUGACCUGACUGCUAUAACCUUGCCUAUCAACCUUGAGGUAUUUACAUGAUUUAGCUACUGGAACUAGCCUGCUUUUACUUUACUCUAUUAUGUUCAGCAUGUUUUUACAUUUGUUUAUUUCACAAAAAAACAAACAAACAAUAUGACACUGUUUGCCCGGGAGUAUAUACAUCUUCUGCAUUAUUUAUGUCUGUAUAUUUGCAUGAUACUUCUCUCUUUAUUCUGUAUUGCCUAAUACAAUGUCUCAAUAAAAAAAACAGAAAACAAAAUCCUCUUGACUGAACAGUUAUGACCUGCUAAAAUCUGAAAUCUAAGAAAAAAAAAAGAAAAUGACAAAAAUAACUAUCACUCAGUGAAUUUAAAAUCAUGUCUAUGUUAAGACUUAUGUGUUCUCUAUUUGGCAUAUGUAUAUUUAGUAAUUCACAGACGGAGGAUACCGCACUCACACUUGGGAAUCCAGGUGCUUAUCAGGGCCAGGGUUGGCAAAACCCGGUUUAGAAGGUAAAAUAAAUUAGGUCCAGCCACUCAGGAUUGCUGCAGUAAGGCAGGUCUAUUGGAACAAAAAGGCCUACACAGAGGCCUUUAUCAAAUACGUGUAUUUAGGACAUGCAAGUCCCUUGCUGUUUUAUUGACAGGUUCAACAAAGUCUUAUGUUUCAACCAAAUAAUAUUUACCACAAGAAAAAAAGUGAAUCUAAAAUAAGUACCCUUUAAAACAUUAUGACUAUUCCAUAAAUGCCAAAGUAUCUAAAUCCAAGAUGCAAAGGUACUAACGUUUCAAUCUGUGGAUCCAUUCCUUCACCCCUUCAGCAACCGGGGAUCUGGGGUGGGAGGGAGAGGGGACCUGCAGUGCCAGGAAAAUGGAUUGUUUUCCUGGCACUGGAGAGUCCCUUUAACGUGCAACCUUAAUGCGUGAAUAUUAAAACUUAACUUUUAAUGAUCCAUUUCUAAUAUGUAAAAACUGGUGAGAGUCAACACCCCAAAACACUAGUGUGUAAAACAAAAUCGUUGUCUCCACUAUAUUUGUUCCUAAUAAAAGGAUAAUAUUCCUUUCUUCUCUCCCUUUCUAGAGCACCAUGCAGGAAGUACUCCUUUUUAUAGUGUGCAUUAGACUCUUGUUUUCUUGUCACUACAAAGCUAAACUAUUUUAUUAGAUCUAGAAAUGGACCAAAGGUUACCAAUGUGUCCCCUAGAUUUUAGUCUAGAUCUUUCAUGUUGUUUUUUCAAUGUAUUACAAUUCACAGUUUAAUGAAUGGACCUCUAAAUGUUAUAUAAUAAUAUAGUAUAUCCAUAUUUAAACAUAGAUUCUUCAAUAAUCAGAUUUGAUAGAUUGUGUAUUAUGACACGCUGGUGAGGUGUGGACCUGUGACCUGUGUAACAUCAUAGUGAUAUCAUUGCAGCAUCAUGCCUGAUGACCACAGUUCACAGUAUUCACUAGACAUUGCUUGGACAGUCGACACUGCUUAGCUUUUGUAGUGAUCAAGUAACUAAAAAUGGAAGCGAGAAAUAUUUUCUCUUGUUUCCGAUGCUUGUGCUUUAGAAAAGUAAGUAGAUUUCUUUGUUUCUUAUACUUACCAUUAACUGGGAGCUCUAAAAUGUUAACCCAAACAACACUAGUUCUAUGAACCCCUUAACUUAUUAUAUUAUGUUUAAAUUCCCAUGGCAGCCUAUGGACUCCCUUUUUUUUUUUUUUGUUCUUUAAAGUUAUUAUUGGCAUUUAUAUAGCGCCAGCUUAUAUCGCAGCAGUUUACAAUAUUACAAAAUGAGGAAGUUAAAUAUAUUUUUAAAACGUGUUUAAGCCAUAAGCCAUUUCAUUUAAAGGUACUGGCUAAUGACGUACUAAUAAUGUACACCUCCAGCAGCCUUAUUAAAUAGUUCUACUGAAAUGCUGCGCAUACAGUCUUCAAGCACUAUGACCACUUCAUAUAACUGAAGUGGUAAGGUGCUUGAAGGAAUUUUUUUAAUACAUUUUGGUAGGAGCUAUCUUUCCUACAGCUAAUAGUACAUGUGAUUAGAAUUAGAAUGCUUCAAAUUCUAUUAUACUAGUACAUGGUGCAUGUGCACUGUAGUUUUAGCAUAUAUACUACAAAGGAAACUAAAAAUAUUCAAAUGCUAUAAGACAACGGUAGCCUAAAUCACUAAGACGUUUAUUCACCAAACAGCAAGUGGAUGUAAAUUUUAAAAUAAACUGAAAAGAGCUUGGAAAUAUUCUCUCUGUAUUAGUUAGCCUCUACAAAAUGGACCAAAGGUUACCAAUUUACUUACCAUUAACUGGGAGCUCUAAAAUGUUAACACAAACAACACUAGUUCUGUGAACCCCUUAACUUAAUAUUUUAUGUUUAAAUUCCCAUGGCAGCCUAUGGACUCCCCAUUUUACUUUGUUCUUUAUAGUUAAAUACAUUUGUAGCCAUAAGCCCACCAUUUCACUUAAAGGUACUGGCUAAUGGCGUACUAAUAACGUACACAGCAGAAUUAUAAAAUAGUUCUGUAUUUAUACCGAAAUGCUGUGCAUACAGACUUCAAACACCAUGACCACUUCAUAAAACUGAAGUGGUCUGGUGUACAAAGAAACUCUUUAAAUGCAUUUUGGUGGGAGCUAUCUUUUCUCGGUCUCUACGGCUAAUUGUAUAUGAGAUUAGAAUUUAAUAAUUAUAAUAAUAGUAUAUGGUACAUGUCCACUGUUGUUUUGGGAUAUAUAUUGACAAGGAGCCUAAAGGUGAGAGGAGUUGUGGGACAAUGAAUUGAGAACCCCAGAGAAUAAGUAAUACCAUUAAGAAUAUGGUUUGGAGGGGUGCCAUAAUUAUUACGGUAUCUUAGUGGUAUCUUGCUUUAAGUAAACUAAUGUCUGUAUUUGAGGUCACUUAUAAUAAUUUAAACUGUAUCACAGACCCAUGUGGCAGCGAGGGAAUGGACUCUAUAUAUGCUGAGUUUGUUUCAUCAAAGUGUUUGCAACGUUCUUGCAAAAUGGUUUUUGUUUUCUGAUUUUGUUUCUGUCUUUUCAGCGCACAAGACGCAAUAAAUCUGAUGAUGUUGAGCAAAGAGCAGAGGAACGUUCAGGUACAUUAUAAAAUGUUUAUAUCUACCUCCAUGGAGACUGAACCAGUCUUUAACUUGCCGCGUUACCCUCCUACAGUCUGAUAAGAGCCGACAUGUUCGGUUCCAGUUUAGUGUUACAUUCUCUGCAACACUGCCUUUGCUACAUGUGUACUAUCUCUUCUCCUCUAUUUGGGAAAUUUAACAGUUCCUCUAAAAUGAAUGAGUGGCAUACCUCGUGAUAUAACUCUGUUACUCUCUUACAUAAUUAAUAGCGCUCAUUGGGAAGGAGUAAGGCAAGUUAACACCCAUACAGGUACUAGCUGCAAUCCUGCCACUUUUGAUAGCUAAUGGAUGCAGGCCAAAAUCUACCUGGCUUUCUCAGUGUUAGUGUAGGGUGAGGUUAAAGGGUGGGUUAGGGAUAAUAUAGGGUUAAGGCUAGGGUAGUGUACUGUUAGAAUGAAUGUAGAGUUAACAGGGUUGGUGCAGGAUAACGGGUGGUAUAGGCAGUGGCAUAACAUGGAUUGUCAGCACCUGUGGCAAGGCAUGUAUUGCACCCUCUAACCCUAGUCUAUACAUAUUACUUUAGGCGUGAGGUGGAUUUUAAAAAUGACGCAACACAUCUCUCAGUGCCACACACACAUCAUGGAGAUGAGGCGGGCAGGGAAGAGGAGUGAGAAUAUCUAGGCGCCCGUUACUGGCAUACUUUUAUGAUAACAUGUAAUGGGCAUUUACAUAAUGCCUAUUAAAGAGUGAUUUCUGGUGUUAUCUUUAAACAGGAAAUCACGUUAUUAAUAGGCAUUAUGUAAUUCACCGAUAAGAAUUGCAGAAGGACAGUAUGGCUGUGAUUAGCAAGCAAACUACUGUAAAAUGUGAUGUAGUGAUGUUUAUUUGCCCUGUCAUGCUGAAAAACUGUAUAAUGUUUUAACAUUGGGAGAUUUUCUGGGUGAUUGGGAGGGCGCGCUAUUUUUUAAAAUGUAUUACUACUCCUUUCUUUUUUUUCUUUUGAACUUUAGGACCCCAAAGAAUUUUGCGCCCAGGGCAAGCGGCCCUGUGGCCCAGCCCACGCUACACCCGUGACUAUCGGGUUUGUGUAGCAAAAAUUACUUUAGAUCCUAGAUUGAUGCUUUUUGUGUCAACAAAAGUAGCUUACGUACAUUUUUUAAUUUAAUUUAACUUGGACAGAAUAGUACCAGCUGCCAGCAUUUCUAAUUUACGUUUUGUCUUAUUACUAAUUUUCCAGUAACUUCCAAGACCUCAGUUGCUCUUGAAGGUGACCCAAGUGCCCAUGCAGACAAUGGGAAUUUAACUGCACUGCAAAAACAGCUCGAAAUUGAGCUUAAGGUGAAGCGAGGUGCAGAGAAUAUGUUCCUGGCAUAUUCCAAAGGCCCUCCAGAAAACCUUAAAUAUCUUGAGGCAUUGCAGGAAAAGCUUGAAGACAUCGAGAAUGAGAUAGAACGUUUGCAGGCACUAAUUGACCAAGAAAACUUUAUUAAUAAAGAUGAAACAACUGCACCAGUUCCAGAAACUGAUGUCACCGAUGUAACGUUGGAGACACCUCCUAUUCCAUCUCCAACACCUUCACAUGGUGAUCAACAUCAGUCUUCAGGACACACUGAGAGAACGGAUAUACCGGCUCAGGUAAAACUAUAUGCUUUUUUUUGUGUUUUGUUCUUUUCCCCACACAUUCACGCAAACCUCGUCCACUAUCACACCCAUGGUUGUUCAUUUGCCGCUCGUAAACAAUGACUACUUAUAGUGAUCUGGAGUCAAACGUAUAAUGAGUACAGCCAGAGCCCAAUAUGUAAAAUGUACAUUUUAUUUUGUAGGUAGUUUAAUUCUUCAAUUUAUCCUGAAGCAUCAGAUACAGGAGUUUUAAUAACUAUAGGCGCUGCCUCUAAAAUCACCACCACUUUAUCACUCCAUCCACUGUUUCUUCUUCAUAAUUCUCCCAUAUCCAUUGCUUCUCCAGUUAUUUUCCAACAUACCCUGCUUCCUCUUCGUUUGUCUGCUAUUCCCGACUUUAUUUAUUUAUUAAUCAAUUUCAGACCCACCAUUACAAUCCCAUGGACCAAAGGCCACAAUUGUCAUUGGGGGGAGGUUGGAUAAGUGAAUUUAAUUCAUGGUGUAUGUAUUUUUUUUUCUAGGGUGAAACAACUGCACCAGUUCCAGAAACUGAUGUCACUGAUGUAACAUUGGAGACACCUCCUAUUCCAUCUCCAACACCUUCACAUGAUGAUCAACAUCAGUCUUCAGGACACACUGAGAGAACGGAUAUACCGGCUCAGGUAAAGCUAUACGCUUCUUUCUUUGUUUUGUUCUUUUCCCCACACAUUCACACAAACCUCGUCAUUAAAGAAAAUUUAGAUAACCGAAGUCCUGAUAAUUCCUGGCAAAUGAUUUGUGCGAUAUUGUGAAAAACUUAAACACACUCGCUUCUUCGUCCACUAUCACACCCAUUGUUUUUGUUUUUAAUUCUUCAUUUGCCGCUCGUAAACAUUGUCGACUUAUAGUAAUCUGGAGUCAAACGUACAAUCAGUACAGCCAGAGCCUAAUAUGUAAAAUGUACAUUUUAUUUUGUAGGUAGUUUAAUUCUUCAAUUUGUCCUGAAACAUCAGAUACAGGAGUUUUAAUGACUAUAGUCGUUGCCUCUAAAAUCACCACCACUUUAUCACUCCAUCCACCAUUUCUUCUUCAUAAUUCUCCCACACCCAUUGCUUCUCCAGUUAUUUUCCAACAUCCCCUGCUUCUUCUUCGUUUGUCUGCUAUUCCCGACUUCAUUUAUUUAUGAAUCAAUGUUUCAGACCCACCAUUACAAUCCCAUGGACCAAAGGCCACAAUGGUCAUUGGGGGAGAGGGGGUGGGGGGAAUUUAAUUUAUGGUGUAUGUCUUUUUUUUCUAGGGUGAAACAACUGCAUCAGUUCCAGAAACUGAUGUCACUGAUGUAACAUUGGAGACACUUCUUAUUCCAUCUCCAACACCUGCACAUGGUGAUCAACAUCAAUCUUCAGGACACACUGAGAGAACAGAUAUACCGGCUCAGGUAAAGCUAUACGCUUUUUUUUGUUUUGUUCUUUUCCCUGCACAUUCACGCAAACCUAGUCAUUAAAGAAAAUUUAGAUUACUGAAGUCCUGAUAAUCCCUGGCAAAUGAUUUGUGAGAUAUUGUGAAAAACGUAAACACACUCAAUCUUUGUCCACUAUCACAACCAUUGUUUUUGUUUUUAAUUCUUCAUUUGCCGCUCGUAAACAAUGUCGACUUAUAAUGAUCAGGAGUCAAACAUACAAUCAGUACAGCCAGAGCCCAAUAUGUGAAAUGUACAUUUUAUUUUGUAGGUGGUUUAAUUCUUCCAUUUGCCCUGAAGCAUCAGAUACAAGAGUUUUAAUGACUAUAGUCUUUGCCUCUAAAAUCACCACCACUUUAUCACUCCAUCCUCUGUUUCUUCUUCAUAAUUCUCCCACACACAUUGCUUCUCCAGUUAUUUUCCAACAUACCCUGCUUCCUCUUCGUUUGUCUGCUAUUCCCGACUUCAUUUAUUUAUUAAUCAAUGUUUUAGACCCACCAUUACAAACCCAUGGACCAAAGGCAACAAUUGUCACGGAGGGGGGGGGGAAAUAACAACUUUAAAUUAUGGCGUAUGUUUUUUUUCCUAGGAUUCUGGAGCAAGCAAUGAAUAUCCAUGCUUUAAUAAAUUAACGUCGCUAAGCAUAAUCUCAGAAACAACAAAAGAACCCGAUAACAGCGUGCUUCCAGCAUCUGGCAAUAUUGAGCCAGAAUGUCAACUCAGCCUGGAAGACUUCGAUCUUCGCUGUGUGCUGGGUAGAGGAAAAUUCGGGAAAGUAAGUUUAAGCAUGAAUACAAAUACUCUUUCGAGAAAAAGUGUCUUAGCAAAUGCAUUAGAACAGAAUAUUUUUUUUGCUUUUGUUUGUGUAUCAAAGUGUUUAAAACAUCUACAUUUAACGAAUGUGCUACAUUUAUAUGUAUAAGCCAGUACAUUUUUCUAAAGAGGUCUGUUUUUUUAUUUUAUUUUUAAUCGCAAAAUUUGUCAGUUGGAUACUGUAAUUUUGUCAGACAGAAAAUCCAUCACAAUGAUGUAGUUGGAAACGUUUGUCGGAAAGAUAGGUGAAGAUUUGCUAAAUGUAUUUUUUAUAUACAGACUACCCCCAAAAUUGUGAUCUAAACACAAAAAAAGUCUUCAAAGGAAAGAAGCAAAAUAAAAAUGACAGGGCAGAAACAAAAUACAAUUCUGCUGUACCAAACUUUAAUGAAUUGAUGCAAAAUAAGAACACACGCAUACCUUUGUUUUUAAUUUUAGGUGUUCCUUGCUGAACACAAGGACACUGAGAAAAUCUAUGCCCUAAAAGCCCUGAAAAAAGGAGACAUCGUUUCAACAAAAAAGGUCCACCGGUUAGUAAACAGAGCUAUUCAUACCUUAUCCUGUUUUAUUUUAUUUGUUAUGAUUUUUUGGAGAUCAGGGAAAUAAUUGACUUAUUGUUCCUUAUCCAGUCUUAUGAGUGAGAAGCACAUUUUCCAAUCUGUAAGCAGCAUGCGCCAUCCAUUUCUGGUAAACCUGUUUGGUUGUUUCCAGACCACAUAUCAUGCCUGCUUUGUCAUGGAAUACACUCCUGGCGGGGACCUUGUUACAAACGUUUACAACAGCAACGGUGCAUUAACAGAGCCCAGAGCGACGUAAGUAUAGGCAGCAUUGUGCCCAUAUUUCUAAACCUGUAAUGCAGUGUUUAGCAGCUGCUGGCAUUGAGGUAGGCAAUAAAUUCCAUAGAGUCUAGUUAGUUUAUUGGGAAAGAUAAUCGUUAUUUUACAUUUACCUGACUGUCCAGGUCCCACGGUCUUUCCAUUCUAUACAACAGAAGAAUUUUAUACUUCUGCAAUAGCAUAACCAACUUUAGUCAAUAUGGACUGGCUGAGAGUCUUACAUUAAAAGUCGCCAUGUCAGACCAUAGAGUGAUGAAGGAUUUGUGGAAAAUAACUUUUCAAUAGUACAAAGAUUGCAUUUUUUAAUCAUCUUAAAAGUAACCAACGCGUUUCUUUUAUUCCCCAUAGAUUUUAUGCUGCUUGUGUUGUGCUUGGCUUGGAAUAUUUGCAUUCCCAAAAGAUUAUCCACAGGUAAGUGUAAAGCACUGCCUGUGCUUAAACCUGUUUUUCUAUGUUAUGAUUUUAAAUGUAACCUUUUUAAAAGCCUAAACUAGGAAACCCAUUAAUACCUGCAUCCAAGUGUCCUCUAGAAUUAUGUAAACAUUAUUAAAAACAUUUUUCUGCAUUUUAAUCUAGGGAUCUUAAAUUAGAGAAUAUACUUGUGGAUAAGGAAGGAUUUGCAAAAAUAACUGACUUCGGUAUUAGUAAGGAAGGUAGAUAUCAUUUUACAUUUAUACAUAGAUAUUUGAUAAAUUAACGAAUGCCUCUGUAACAUCAGUGCUGGCUUUACACAUAUAAAAUGAUAUCCUUGAAAUUCAGCAUAAAAACUAAUGUGUGCUUGUUUCCUAAACAGCGAUUAAGACUUUGAAAAUGUCAAAAUUGCUUUUUUGGUCCUUUUAUCUAGUCCGAUUUUAACACAAAACAUGAUUUUAGUACAAAAACAAACAUGCAAUAUUAAAGUAGAAAAAAUAGCCAAAAUGCUCUAAGGGAAAUAGAUCUAGACAAUGAUUAUACAGAACUGUUAAUUCCACAUUACCAAUGUGGCAGUUGAGGAUAUGGAGAGCAAAAAUUGGUUUCAAACUAAUUCUAAAUGGUUUGACAUAAAACUGGGAUAUGGCGCCAACAGACUUUAGACCACAUGAAAGGACCUGAACUGUAGUGGUCAUAUUGCAAGUUAAUUUACAUAGUGUGCCCUAAAUGUGCCAGGAUAGCCAGGCAUACAAAGGUAAUCAAAAAAUAAAUUACAAUUGUGAAUAAAUCCCACAUUUAAACUUAGCCACAUUCAAACAUAAUCUAAUUCUGUACAUAAUUAAAAGUACAUACACAAAAAGAUAUCAAAAGCACAAAUGAUAAUAUACUUUGUAACAAGGGAUCAUUGAACAAACCAAUAUGUGGAUUAGAUCUCAGGAAAUUACUUUAAAAAAAUGUAACAAGAAAAAAACUAUACAAAAAUAUUCAGCGGCUCUAAUGCACAAAUGCCUAACUGACAGAUGUACGGGCAUGUAACUUAAAGGGACACUAUAAUCACCAAAACAACUACAGCUCAUUGUAGUUGUUCGGUUCCUAUAGACAGGCCCUGUGGGUAUUUUCAUGCAAACACUGACUUUUCAGAGAAAAGGCGGUGUUUACAUUUAAGCCCAGGGACACCUCCAGUGGCCACUCCUCAGAGUGCAGCAGUGUCGUUCAGCAUCUCCAUGUUCUUAAUAGAGAUGCUUUGAUUCACUGCAUCUCUAUGAGGAGAUGGGGAUUGGCCAGGUCGACUUUUGACCCCGCCCCUAGCCCACCUCCUUGGCUGAAAUAAUCAAUUCUGAUGUUAGCCAGAGGUGGAUUGGGGUGGGGUCAGCUCUGGCAGACCCUUGCGGUGCUGGAUAGAGGUUUUAACCCUUUCUAAAGGCUAUGGGUGGGGGAGGGGAGGGUUAAACCACUUAAAUGGUGGUUUUAACACUAUUGGAUCAGGAAUACCCUAUAGUGUUACUUUAAAGGCAGGGAAUGUACAUCUUCAAUUUAAAUAUAAUUAACUUUUGUCUCUCUCUGAGGAAUCGGAUAUGGAGAACGAACCACAAGUCAUUGUGGAACACUAGAUUACAUGGCUCCCGAAAUCCUCAAGCACGAAAGUUACACCAAAGCUGUGGAUUGGUGGAGUCUGGGAGUGCUAAUAUAUACAAUGCUGGCAGGAGUGGUAAGAAUAGUUUAUUAAGAAUUAAUGGACGGAAUCCUGACUCGACAAGCAAAACACUAUAUACCAAUGUGUGUUUAUCAACAAGAUAAUUCAUCAGAUUUAUUUAUUUUAAUUUUAUUUACUUUAGACUCCUUUUGACGGCGAAGAUGAAUUUGAAAAGAUAAAUAACAUCAUCAAUCGCAGAUUCAGCUGUCCGGAGUUCAUGUCUGUCCUGUCUGUAGAAACCAUCGAUGUAAUCGAAGAUGUAUGUUGCCAAUGCACGUUUAGUGUUUUUAACUUGGAUUUUAGAGAGCACAGUGUGGUUGACUAUAAGAGUGUGGGACAGGCAGUUACACACACAUACAGAUCUAGCUACAAAAAGAUACAGAAUAAUGUUAUGUUUGGAGACUCAUUUUGAUUAAAAAAACAGUAGCAAGAGGAAUCAUAGUAAUCAGGACAGUACAUUAUCUGGAUAAACUGCUUGCAAUUUUGUUUUAAUUUAUUUAUUUAUUUUAAUCAAAAUACCAAGAGCCAUUUUAAGAAAAAAAAAUAUGUUUUUUACAGUUUCUCAACAUAAAUCCAGAGGACCGUCUAGGGGCAAGUGAAUAUGACGCAGAAGAUGUAAAGUGGAAUCCAUUCUUUCAAGUAAGUCCAUUUUGUUCAUCUACCAGCCAUAGGUAUAUAGAGGGGAAUGGUAUAUUCUACCUCAAUCUUGUUUUUAGUUCCAAGUGAAAUUGUCACAUGUCACAUCUGUGGAAACCUACAUUCUAACACCUAAAUAAACAUUAGUUCAUUUGGAUGCUUAUUUAAAUUUAUGUACUUAUGUAUAUUUGCAUUAAAUUCAUGCCCGUGAAGGCAUUAAACGGCCAAUGUAAAAUGUCACCUGUAUUUGCAUGUGUUACAAAUGAUACAAAUGAUUUAUCUUCGUCAAAACUACUUUCUUCCACUAAUGAAUGCACGUGUAAUCCUAUCCGUUGACUUUAAUAAUGGAUUUGUGAAUUACAUUGUAACUUGUGUAGAAUUUUGUUUUUCACAUUUUUGCCAGUCUAUAUUUUUCAUCUUAAUUUUAUGACUUAAUGAUGCAUAUUCGUUAUCUUUGUCGAAACCACUGUCUUCCACUAAAAUGUUUAAUUUGUUAAUUUGUUAACAGGAGAUAGACUGGGAUGAAUUAUUAGCUAAGAAUGUGAAGCCCCCCUUUAUACCAACCAUCGAUGGAAUUGAAGAUGUUAGGAAUUUCGAUGAGUAUAAAUCAGAAGAUCCCAUCUUAACACCUCCAAACGGGACUAAGGAACUUACAGAAAAAGAGCAGGAAGAUUUCAGAGACUUUGACUGGAUUGCGAAUUGGUCCUAA